GUUUUAAUCUACGAAAUAUUCGCUGUGAAAGAGCCAUACGAAGGACUUUCAAACACCGAGGCGAAAGCAUGUAUUACCGAAGGAAACACGCUCGACUUCCCUGGACAUAUGAUGAAUAAGCUGGCGGAGGUGAUUAAAGAGAAGAUGUGGGCUUUCGACCCUGAGAAAAGGGCUACAAUGCGUCAGAUUAUGCUGUGGAUGCAAGCCUAUACCGGCAUGGAAUUGCAGCUGGUAGCCGGUGAGAAUUGUGUAACAGCAACAGUUCAUCAGAACAUGGACGCACUUCAUUACUAA